AUGCGUUCGAUGUUAAUCAAAGCGCGACGACGUGCAGGACGGCGCGAACUCGCGAGGCUCAUCUUCGUAUCGUUUUCUUCCUGGCUCCUUUUCCGCUUUAGCCUAUGGUUCAGUGCGGUACGUGAUGACUUGCCGAGUGACAUAAAUCGACAGGCUACCGUUUUGGGACCAUGCAUCGGGCCCGACGUCACUCACACUCACACUCACGCGGUCACCAACUGGAUAAAUCAAGACGAGAUUCAAUUUGCCACGUUCGCGUUUACUAGAAACGCGGGCGACAGAUGGGACACACGUAGCACACGGACGGCUCUACGGUUCAUGUACUCUUCUCUGGUGCGAUCGCAGUCGACGAUUCCGCGUUUGCACGUAUACACGGACGCGCCAGAUGUGGUGCCCGAGGAGACCACAUUUGGCGCAAAGACUCAAAUCGUCGUGCAUGCAUGCCACGCACACUCGUUUCCCGAGAAUCCGUACAGUAAAAUCGGUAAAUGGGCCGCUGUUUCACGAGCCAAACUUGACGCUGUCGAAGACUUACUGUUACAACACGGUGGGAGGAUCGUUUGGAUAGACCUAGACACUCUCGUGUUCGUCGACUUGACAAAAACGUUUCGGCAAAGUCCUUCCUGGGUCGUGGGGUAUCAGCGGGGGGUAAAAUGUCAGGAUUUGAAAGAUUGCAUACUGCUCGCGAGCUCGUGGGUGCGUCCAGAAUUUGACACUCUUGGUGAUCUCUGGUCGCUCGACCUUCAAACAAUCACAAAGGUGAGGGAUUUUGAAAAGAGGAGGAUCACUUCGAGUAGACGGAGACCACCAAAGUAUGAUCUGCAGACGUACUUUGGAUUAAUGCUAGAGGAAAAUACAUUACCGCAUAGCGGAUUGCUGCACCGAAUUCUUCACGAGUACAAUUUUGGCUUCUUCUGCUCGGGUUUCAGGCACCCAACGUCGCAGACUCUUAGACUGUCUGUCGACAAAAGGCACCUAGUUUGCCCCCUCAAAGCAGGUGUUGGCAUGGGUCAACGCGUUGGCACGAUCUCUUUUACCGCAAAGACAUUCAAAUUAAUGUUAUUGAACGAGGCACGCACGCAGUUUGACGCUGUGAUAGAUAGUAAUGCGCGUGAGUGGUUGGUUACGUGGUUUUAUGGUGACCCAUGA